AUGAAUUUCUUUUCUAAUUUUAGAAAUAUGGAACUAACUAGUAUUAAUAAUAAAACUCCUGGUAACAAUAUUUAUGAUAAAAAUCCUGUACAUAUAAAUAAAAAUAUUAGUAAUCAUCACAAAACUAUAAUUCAUGAUAGUAACGACGACGACAACAACAACAAUAAAUAUCCAAAUACUAACAAAUUGCAGUCAUUUUUAUCAGAACAAGAACAUAUUUCUUCACGAAUAACUAAUAAUGCCAAUAAUCAUGAUCAAGCUCUAGCAACAGUAUCAAAUUUUUACACAAUUACCCAAUAUAUUUUGCAGUCAUAUUACAAAGUCAAUUUUAACGAUCUUCUGAGUUUAAAAGUGACUGAUUUAAUAGUAGAUCAAACAUAUCCUGAUUCUUUAACUUUAAGGAAACUUAAUGAUUCAGAUACUUUACAAACUUAUCAAUAUUUUAACACAAUAUCAAGGGAUCCUGAUAUUUCUAAAUGUCCGAUAUUUGCAUUAUCUGUUUAUUUUGUUAUAAGAUGGUCAUCUUCAAAUAAUGUAAUCACAUUAAACAAUUAUAAAGAAAUUAAGCUAUUAGACCCAAAUUAUAUUACAUAUGAUCCAAAUCCAAUGCUUUUUAUACAAAAUCAUCUCAAUGGUAAUGUCAACUCAACAUCAAAGAUACCAAGAUCAACUUUAUUUGAAGUUUCCAAUCGUUUAAUUAAUUUAGUAUUUCCAUGGUUAGAUAGUUUCAAAAGGCAAGUUUUAGCUGUAGAUAGAACCAAUUAUAUCUUACAUUCCCUAUGCGAAUUAUUUGAAUUCAUGGGCAAAAUAAUAAUUCAAGAUUUAAGAUAUUUAAAUCAACAUGCCUUAUUACUACCCAAUAUCGUGUCUUUUAUGGGUAAAUUCAUACCUGAAUUACUAAACGAUGAUGAAUUUAAGGGGUUUGAAAAUACAAACAAUGGCAAUAUACUUAUUUCUAAUAAUAAUAAUAACAAUAACAAUAACAUUAAUAAUUUGAUAAACAAUGAAAACAACACAAUACCAUUCAAUCAUAAUAACAUUAAUAAUAAUGGCAACAUUUCGGCUACUGAGAAUUCAAAUAAUAAUAUUCAUAUAAACUCUUCUAUACCGAGAGAUUUGAAUAAUGAUAUGGUUAGUAUACAAACGUUGAAUAAUUCUACACAAAAAUUAUCCCAAUAUGUGGAUACAAAAUUUAUAGAAUUAUCAAAAAAAUUGACUAUAGAAAAUAUAAGAUUAAGCCAACAAGUAGCACAAUUAAAGUCUGAUUUAGGUACUUUGUCUUCAAUGUGUUCCCAGAUGAUCCAGUUACAAAGACAAAUGUUAUCUGGUCAAAACGCAGUUUUGAACACUAAUCUACGUAAUAAUGCCAAAGAAAAUAAUUUAGCAAAGAAAAAUAAUAUUGAAGGAGUAAAUAAUGGAAUUUUGAUUAUAGAUAAGAACUCUUUAAAUGAUUCAUCCUUUAGAAAUAUAAUUGAAUCAUUACGUGGAAACAUCAAUCAAAAUAAAAGUCCGACGAAUAAUAGGGAAGAUAAUUCAAUUAAUAAUGUCCAAACUCAGGAUUCGAUGGAUUCAUCUAUACUGGCACCGAUGAAAGUAAUACCGAAUCUAGAUAACAGUAAUAUUCAAAUAACAGCAGCACAAGUCAUUCAAACAGCACCAUCACCGAAGGGACCAAUAUCAACAGUAUCACCUAAAAUAAUAGGGAAUUCCUUAUCUAGAAAUUCGUCCUUGAGUCAAGAAAUUAGUCAAUUAUACUCCGGUUCAAAAGAAAAAAGAAAAUUACCACUACCACAAACUUAUUAUGAAUCAUUUGGAUCCGUUGGCACUCCAUUUUCUGGGCAUUCUCCUACCUCUGUUUCUGGUAUAGAUUCACCUUUCACAAAGAGAACACGGUUAGAUGAUAGGCCAACUCCUUCACAAACAGCAUUAAACUCUUUACUGUACAAAUCUAUCGAUAGUCCUAAAGAACAGACAUCUGGAAAGAGUACAUCUACCAUAAUAGAAACACCUAUCACAUUAGAAACUAAUAAAGAUUUGACUCAAAAAUACACCACUAAUUUUAUCAAUAAUUUAUCUGGGGUUAAUUCCGAAAGUCCAUCAACCCAACUAAAUAAUGCUGGAACAACUGUAGAAAUGAGAGAUGAUCUUAUAUCAAAAAUUCAAGAGGAAAAUAGCACAAUUACAAACAAUACUCCACAAGAAAUCAAUACAGAUCCAUCCAUAUCUUCGUUCGAAAAAGUAUCUCCACCAAAUGCUAUUCCUGCAGGUCUUCAAAAUCAAGAUAAUGAUAAUAGUGCUAAUAGUAGUGGAAAUUCUAAUAAAAAUAUACAAGGAUAUAUUGAAAAUACUAUUUCUAGUUCGGGCUCUUUAUCUAAAAGCUUGGAAAAGAAUGAUCCGGAAAGACUAGGGAAUACAAAAGAAAAUAAUACAUCCAUUAAUCUACAGGGCAUAAUUAAUAAAACAGAGAACCCUAAUAACAGUCAAAAAAAUAGAAUCAGAAUAAUAAAAGAAUUUACAGUUGUGGGCUCUAAUCAGGAAACCUCAUCAACUGUAUCUAACGUUAAUAAUAUGCCGUCUCAAAAAGAUGAAUCAUUAAAAUUCAAACGUAUUAGUAACGAACUUAUAAAGGAACAUAUUAUACAAGUAUCUUCAGAGUCUCUGUCAAAGAAAGUGAAGGAUAAAAUCUUUUCAAAAAAGGAAAAAAUAAAAGAAAAAACAUUCAAUAAAAAUAAUCAAAAAUCUAGUUCCAAAACAAAGAAAAAAUCACCAAAUUCAUCAAAAGGUGGUCCAAAUCAAAAUAUAAAAUAUAAACUUUCUAGAGAGAAUAAAACAAUCUGGGAUUUAUAUGCAGAAUGGUAUAUUGGUAUUAAUGGUAAACCUCCAAUAAAAAAAUUAAUCGAGGAAUAUGGUUGGAGACGUUGGAAGGUGACUGAAGAUUCCCAUUUCUUCCCCACUAGAAAAAUUAUUAUGCAAUAUAUUGAAACAGAGUGUGAUAGAGGGGUGAGUUUGGGCAGAUUUUCUAAAGAUCAGCCCAGAGAAGAAGUAAGAAAAAUCAUAGUUGGUGACCUUGAAAAGUUUAGAAUAAAUAAUGGCUUAACUUUAAAUUCACUUUCCUUAUAUUUUAAAAAUUUAACAAAGAAAAAUAAAGAACUUUGUAUUUUUAAAGAUUUUAAUACAUGGCAAACCAAGAAAAUGACUGAGUUUGAAAAGAACAAAUAUAGUAAAAGGAAGCAUACAAAUACUGCAGAUUCAACAAGGCAUGGGAACAAGAAUAGGAAAAAUGGUACAACAUCUUUUGUAAAUACCGCCACUAUACCGGUAUUGCCAUUUAGGAGUAAACUUUACAAUAUUCAACCCAUUAUGACUCCUGCUUCUCACAAUGCAUCUUCCACAAAUAACUCUACUACAACAGAAAAGGAUAACACAUAA